AUGUACGCACAGUAUCUGGAUACCUUUGGGAAUAUUCUCACUGCGACGAAGAAUUUGCGCAUCCUUAACUUCGAAGUUGGCAAUACUAGCUUCAUACUCCACCCACCAGUCACUCGUGCGCUUGCUCAGAUGCACGAGUUGCGAUACUUGUCCUGCCAUCUGGUUAGCCCCGGCGUGCUGUCGGUGGUCAAGUGUAUUCCUUCACGCAAUCUCGUCUUGCUCGACCUCUGGCACGAAGUUCAGUGGUUUCACGAUUUCUCUCCUCUUUUGUCCACGCUGGAAGCCUUCUCGAAGCUCUCUACACUCGUCAUGAACAGCUUCCUGCCAGGCCAGACCGACCUCGACACCGCCGGUACAUCGCUCCCGUCCAUCCGGCAUAUCACCCUCAAGGACGCGUCCGUAGCUGCCACGAACAUCCUCUACCUCUGCCCCAACAUCGACACGAUCGACUUCUCCCCAAACCACGAACAACAGUGCAUGCAAGGUCACACGGAUAUCCGGCCGAGAUGGCCCAAGGUCUCCCACCUCUCCGUGGGCAUCUGCCGUGCAACGAGGUGGGGCGGAGGCGUCGACGCGCGGCUCUCCCACGCCGACCUACAGACCGCCCUCGUCGAGCUGCUCGAGCGCCGCGCGAGCCCCGUCCCGCACCUCGAGCUCGCCGGCGGCGGGUUGGAGCUCACCCGCGACGGCGUCGCCGCCGUCGACGCCGCCACAUCGCGCUGGCUCGCCCGCCUCCUCGCGGCGCUCCAGCCGCGCGCGCUCACGCUCCCAGUGCACGCGGCCGGCUUCAACCAGAGCCCGCACGAGAGGCUCGACGGCUGGCUGUGGAUCCAGGUCGCGCGCGUGCUCCCGCGCCUGCGCGCGCUCACCCUGCGUCGCGUCGGACGCGAUAACUGGGUGCCCCCGGACACGCCACCGGCGGCGCUGGCGGAGCUCCCGCUCCGCUGCCUGUUCAUCGACGCCAGCCCCGUGCUCCCGUCGGAGAGCCGCAGGCUACGCUCGCCUUGCGUGGAGCUGGAGCGCGUCAGAGCGCUGGACGCGCUCCCCGCAAAGCUGCUCGCCGCGCUCACGGAGAUGCGAGUGCUGGGAAUCACGGGGACGGCGGCGCUGCCGGACGCCGCGGUGGACACCAGCGAAAAAUGGGGUCUGAAGGACCUGGGGGAAUGGAGGCGGGAGCACGGCGAGCACAACACGCCGUGGUGGCGCGUCGACGGCGAGGGGGCGGAGCGGAAGUUGGUCGAGCUCUGGCGCGAGUACGGAGAGCGAGCGCAGCAGCUGGUGGAAAACGCCGAGGAGUACCGCGUCGCCGACCUGGCCGAGAUAUAUCUGGACAAGUGCCGCUACGAGCCGUAA